GUAACAGCAGAGACAAGGAUCCAAUCCUUUGAGGUCAAUAUUUUCAUGGUUUUACUUCCAGGUUCAGCAACACAUUGCAGUAACAGGAGAAGCAAAAGAAAUGAGAAGGCGAAGCUCACGCAUAUGAUGCCAUGAAGUAAAUUGAAGUUUGCAUGUCCAAGGAUUGACUGAUUAAUUCAUUGGUUGGACUUUCUCCCAGGUCCCCAACAGCAAGGGCUUUGCAUAAGGGUUUGCGUAUCAAAGCAAGAGGAGAAAUUGAGUCAUGCUAAAUGGAAGUUACAUGUUUUGUCAACCAACUUUUUGAUGUUUGGUCUUAAGCAGCAACAAUGUUUCUUUCAGAAGACCUAAGAGCAGCAAGAGUGAAAAUAGAAAUUCUGUUUGCGUGGGUUUACUACUGUCUGUUGAUUUCCUGCUGUGUCUGCGGGACAAGCUGACAUGGGCGAUGGAUGGGUGUUUUGUUUGAAAGCUUCAUUUCUUGUGGAAGACACUGCACAUGCUUCCUCUGGAUAUCAUUUGUAAACAGAGCAUUUCGGCCAAGUUUUUAUGAAGCUUUGGAUCCUGUGAGGGGUUAGCACGAUGCUGAGUUAAGCCUGACUAUAAAUAUUCCCAGGAGCGGGGCCUACGUGUCUGCUGAGUCCCCUUUGUUCCUAUUUUGUGCCCCAGCUCCGUGUCCCAUUGCCGCGGGGGGGGCUGCUCCUGGGGGGAAGGUAUUAACAGUGGGAAUUGCAGUUGUGCAAGAGAGGUUUUGUGCCAGAGGGGCUCCCUGAGCUCAGCCAGGGAGACACAACCAGGCCUCUGCAGGCAACUGGGACAGCCAGAGAGGUCAAACCUUCCAAAAACGGGAGGCAGCAGCAAAGGGAGGCUCUGGCUGCCACUGCUCAGCUCCUCUGCCCGCAACACCUGCCUGGGCAGCCAGAGGCUUCCUCACCUCACACACCUCCUGGGGGACGUGUCAGCGAGGGACAGCCAGGAAGGGGCAGCGUCGACUCAAACCUGAUGGAACAGCUUGAUCUAUUUUGUCAGUUCCUGGUGGUAGGUUCUGGCAUGGCUUGGGAAAAUCAUACGGCGUGAAAGAGGAGCUCUCGCGGGCUUAGGACAGCCCUCCAUUCCCCAUCCUCCUGCACCACGUGGGAGCGAGGCAGAGGAGGCAGGAACUAAGGGGGGAAAAACUAAUGCAAGCAGGGGUUAGAUCUUGUCUUUUCUUCUCACCAUCCCACUCUAAUUGGCAAUAAAUUAAAUUAACUUGCCCCAAGAUAACUCCGCUUUGCUUAUGGCAGUAACUGGUAAUUGAUCUCCCCACCUUUAUGUCAAUUCAUGAGCUUUUCUAUCUUGUUUUCAUCCUCCUGUUCUGGAGGAGGAAUGAGGGAUCAGCUGACAUCCAGCCAAGGUCAGCCCACCACAAUAUCCUGCAGUUCUUUGCCUAAGAUCAGUGUUACAACCUUUUAUUUCACUCUUUUCGGUGAUAAAAUGGAAAUAUUAGGCAUCCUGCUAUGUCAGGCAAAAUAUGUGGUGAUGUCUUGCCUCCAGCUCAGCUGACCUUGUGAUUAAAAGAGCAUAUCAGUGUUGACAUAUAGAAAUUAUGUGGCUUUAGGGAGACCUAAAUCCAGGAUUUAGGGAGAGCUUUUUGGACUUUGUUCCAUCCCAAGACACCUAAACAAGUCUUACUGACUUACAUGCCCUUGUACCUGAUGGCAAGCAAAGAUUUCCCAUGUACUUCAUCCCCGACAUUAAAAGAGAAGCAAAAAGCAAUCUGAAAUUGGAGCCUAACGUUAGGAAACAAGGGGGAUUGGAAGCAUGAGGAAAAAAAAGAGGUAGCAACCAAUGUUCUGAUCAAAAUGUGGAUAAAACUGCCAAAAAGCAAGAACGGAUCAGCAACAUCAUGAGCCCCGUCCUGAAAAUUCUGGCAGAGCUACAGGUUCUGCAAAUGUCUAAGAAUUGCAUUGAUGUAACAAAGGUAUUUUGUCUUUUUGCUAAGAAAUCGCUUAAUCUCUUUGUACCUCAGGAUUUUACCAGUUAAAGAAGGGUAACACUCACUAGGGGAUUUUAGGAGAUGCUCCUUAAUGGCAGUGAGUUGCUCAUUUGAGCCACAUCCCUACAAACCAAGAGGAAAGCCCAUCCAAGCUUUUAGCAAAGCAUGGAUUAGAUGAGUCUAAACACGUGUAUAAAUUGUUUGGAGAGUGGAGAGUGGAGAGUGGUUAAUCACUUUCCUUAAAGGUUUGUGCCCUUCGUUAAAUACACUCAUGGCCAACUUUUGAUUACCCAGCAUAACAAGGAGGAAGGCUGGGGGAAGAGGAGAUGAGCCAGGGUGAGGCAACGCCCAGUUUGAUAUUUAACUCCACUGAAAAUGCUUGCUGCUAAUAUUCAAACUUCUUGGCAGGUGUAUCAGCAUUAUAUGGGCUCUGCUCAGAAAGAAUGACCAGCACAUCCAGGCAGGACAGCAUGGAAAUCUUACUGGACAGUGGCUUUGGAAGGAGUGUGGCAUCACUCACAGAAGUCUCCAAGCCUCCGAGUUUCACACCUGUAUUGAAUGAUGUGUUGACAGACACACAAGCGUCUUUGCUUAACUGGGAAGCCCAGGAGUUGUUACUAACAGAAACGAGAAGCAGGAGGAAGAAGAGGUUCGUGUCCAGCCCCCGCUACGUGGAGACCCUGCUGGUGGCAGACCAGUCCAUGGCCGAGUUCCACGGCAGCGGGCUGAAGCACUACCUGCUGACCCUGCUCUCCGUGGCCGCCAAGCUGUACAAGCACCCCAGCAUCCGCAACUCCAUCAGCCUCGUGGUGGUGAAGAUCAUGGUCAUUUACGAGGAGCGCAAGGGCCCGGAUAUCUCCUCCAACGCCGCCCUGACUCUGAGGAACUUCUGCAGCUGGCAGAAGCAGCACAACCCGCCCAGCGACCGGCACGCCGAGCACUACGACACGGCCAUCCUCUUCACCAGGCAGGACCUGUGCGGUGCCAAGACAUGUGAUACUCUUGGGAUGGCUGAUGUGGGAACAGUUUGUGAUCUAAACCGCAGUUGCUCUAUCAUAGAAGACGAUGGUUUGCAGGCUGCCUUCACAACAGCCCACGAAUUAGGCCACGUGUUUAACAUGCCUCAUGACGAUGCAAAGCAGUGUGCUGGCAUCAAUGGAAUGAGCCGGGAUUUCCACAUGAUGGCAUCCAUGCUCUCCAACCUGGACCGCAGCCAGCCCUGGUCUCCAUGCAGUGCCUACAUGAUUACAACAUUUUUGGAUAACGGUCAUGGGGAGUGUUUGUUGGACAAGCCCCACAGGCCCAUCCAGCUCCCUUCUGACUUGCCCGGCACGCUGUACGAUGCCAACAGGCAGUGCCAGUUCACGUUUGGAGAUGAGUCCAAGCACUGCCCCGACGCAGCCAGUACGUGCACGACGCUGUGGUGCACCGGCACCUCCGGAGGGCUGCUCGUGUGCCAAACCAAACACUUCCCCUGGGCAGACGGCACCAGCUGCGGGGAAGGGAAGUGGUGCAUGAAUGGCAAGUGUGUGAAUAAGACUGAGAAGAAGCAUUAUGAUACUCCAGUGCAUGGGAGCUGGGGGUCCUGGGGGGCGUGGGGCGAGUGCUCCCGCAGCUGUGGCGGGGGAGUGCAGUAUUCCUUCAGGGAGUGUGACAACCCCAUCCCGAGGAACGGGGGCAAAUACUGCGAAGGGAAGCGGGUGCAGUACAGGUCCUGUAACAUCGAGGACUGCCCAGACAACAACGGCAAAACGUUCAGGGAGGAACAGUGUGAAAAGCACAACGAGUUUUCCAAGUCUCCCUUUGGAAGUGGACCUGCAGUGGAGUGGACACCCAAGUUUGCCGGUGUGUCUCCAAAGGACAGAUGCAAGCUGGUUUGCCGAGCCAAAGGAACGGGAUACUUCUUUGUUCUACAGCCAAAGGUGGUGGAUGGCACCCCGUGCAGCCCCGACUCCACGUCGGUGUGCGUGCAGGGGCAGUGUGUGAAGGCCGGCUGUGACCGCACCAUCGGCUCCAACAAGAAGUUCGACAAGUGCGGCAUCUGCGGAGGCAACGGCUCCACCUGCAAGAAAGUGUCUGGCACCCUCGUUAGAGCCAAACCUGGCUACCACGAUGUGGUCACCAUCCCGGCGGGGGCCACCAACAUCGAGGUGAAGCAGCGGAACCACCGGGGCGCGAGGCACGACGGCAGCUUCCUGGCCAUCAAAGCCGCCGACGGCACCUACAUCCUCAACGGUGACUACACCCUGUCCACGCUGGAGCAGGACAUUACCUACAAGGGCAGCGUGCUGCGCUACAGCGGCUCCUCGGCCGCCCUGGAGCGCAUCCGCAGCUUCAGCCCCCUGAAGGAGCCCCUGACCAUCCAGGUGCUGACGGUGGGGGACCUGCCGCAGCCCAAGAUCAAGUUCACCUAUUUCGUGAAGAAGCCGGCGCAGCCCGGCACGGACAAGGCGCCCGGCAGGAAGAAGGAAUCCUUCAACGCCAUCAGGGAGAUCAUCUCCUCGGAGUGGGUGAUCGAGGAGUGGGGCGAGUGCUCCAAGUCGUGCGGCUCGGGCUGGCAGCGGCGGGCGGUGGAGUGCCGGGACCCGCGGGGCCGGCCGGCCGCCGACUGCGCCCGCGAGCUGAAGCCCAGCAACCUGCGGCCCUGCGCCGACGUGCCCUGCCCGCAGUGGCAGCUGGGGGACUGGUCCCCCUGCUCCAAGACGUGUGGGAAGGGCUUCAAGAAGAGGUUGUUGAAAUGUGUCUCUUCGGACGGCAGCGUGCUGCCCCAGGAAAGCUGUGAGCCCUCCAAGAAACCCAAGCACCUGAUAGACUUCUGCAACGCCACGGACUGCAGCUAGAUAGGACGACUUGGGAAAGCGAGAAAGUUUUUUUUAUUAUUUUAUUUUUUCCUUCAGACCAGUGCACUGAAAAACACAAAAGAGGGCUAGAGGCAGCGCGCGUGUUUUUGCGUAAAAAAUUCAUGGUGAGGAUCCAUUGAGGUGGGACAGUGCAAACAGCUUGAGUUGGCUUUGCCUCCCAAAAAUCCCCUGCCAACUGAAAAUUGGAUGGGAUAGCAGACCCAUGUCACUCAUUUGUCUUCAGCAGAUAAGGCCCAAAGGCAUCACAAUUGCCUUUUUUUCUGCCUGUUACAAAUUAAGCCAAACGUGAGCAGUGAGACACAUUCAGGCAAACAUUUUGGGGUUCCCUUAUUUCUCCCUUCUUUUGGAUUUAUCUUGUGGUACUGAUCAAAUCCCCACGUGUAGGAAGGGGAGAGAAAAAGCUUAAAAUAAUUGGUCAGGGCUUACCUACCUCACAAAGGGCAAAAAAAAAAGAUUGGAAAAGGAGCUUUAACUAUGUCAUUCAUGGCUGCUAUUGUUUCAGAGAAUAGUUUUAUAUAAAAAUAAAGCCAUAUUCUCUACCUGUCAAGAGUAAGAAAUACCAAGAACAAAUAUCAACUCCACAAAUCACUAGAGUUUCAUGUUUCUUUUAAAGUACCUUUAUGUCAUCCCAAUGUGCCUGUCCAUUUCUCUCAGCCACUCCAGUGCCGUUGUGGUGACAUGUGUAAUCCAGAGGCUUGGAAAAGCAGAAAUCCGAGUCUGAGUAGUUGCUCUUUGUGCCUUCUGCCUACCUUCUGCUGGCUUUUCUGAUUCUGGCUUGGUGCUGCCUUCCUGCCUAACAGAUUCAUGGAGUGUGUGAGCAUUCCAGUCGUGCUUUCACACUCAGACCUUUGGCCUUACCCUAGCCAAUGGAUAUUACGUGAGUUAAAAAGGAAAAAAAAAAGAAUCCCAUUACAAAUGGGAACAUCCUCUGUGGCCUCUGCUGGGUUUGUAGAGCUCAGUCACUGAUCAGGUGGGAAGGCAAAGCUGAGGGAUAGCAGGUCCAUCCACAGCAAAACGCCAGCAUUCACAUCAUUGAAGAUUGUGCCAGUCCAUAGACCAUAAGAGAAUAUGGCUUUCCAGAUGUAUAUAGUAAAAUAUAUUACUAUAGAUUUUAUAUACUUCAUAAGUAUUUCAUAUUUCUUUCCCUUCUGGGAAGGGUUAUAAUUUGUAAUAAAUGCAUAUAAUGAGUGUAUUUAUUUUUAUACUUCUUGUCUAAUGUGAUCUUCUAAGUUAUCGCUUUUUUAAAAGGACAUAUAACAAGGAUAGAGUAUUUAUACAGUAUAAUAUGUUACUAGAGGUAAUAAAUGAACCCUAUAAAUUUUGGAAA